CCAGGACAACUCUGUCUGGGUACUCACUGACUGGAGUUUUAGGAGACUCAGUCAUAGCAUUUAGGAAUCUCUGAUUCAUUUAAAGGAUUUGCAGCCUCAUCAUUCACUGAAAUCUAGUGACAAAAUUAAUCAGAGCCCAAGAAUAUGGAUGUUCUAAGUCAACUAUCGAUUAUUUUCUUCUUACUUGGAACAGAAAUGCAAUGUCAAUAUGAAAAUUAUGAAUUGGAAGAAGACUACGAUCAAGAGGCAGAUGCCUAUCCACCUACAUUUCAUUUUAAUCCAAACGUAGACUAUAGAGCGCCUUAUUUUCAGUAUCCUGCUGACUGUGCCAGGGAGUGUUUUUGCCCACCAGCUUUGCCACGGUCUAUGUUCUGUGACAACCGCAAACUCAAGACUAUUCCAAAUAUUCCAAGCCGCACUGAACAACUCAAUCUUCAGUUCAAUGAAAUCGAAGCUGUGACAACCACCUCGUUUCUUAAUGCUACUUCUUUAAAAGAAAUCGACCUCAGUCACAACAAAAUUAAAUCUCACAAGAUCGAUUACGGAGUAUUUGCCAAGCUUUCGAAUCUCCAGCAACUUCACCUGGACCACAACAAUUUAGAAGAAUUCCCAUUUCCUCUUCCUAAUGGUCUAGAAAGGCUGCUUCUUGGUUACAAUGAGAUCUCCAGAGUGCACGUGCAUGCCAUGGAUGGUCUAAUCAAUUUGACCAUGCUCGAUCUCUGUAAUAAUCAACUUCACGACUCUCUGUUAAAAGGAAAAUCCUUUUCCAACAUGAAAAAAUUAAUGCAGAUCAAUCUUUGCAACAACAAAUUGCACUCAAUGCCUCCUGACCUGCCUUCCUCCCUCAUGUACCUCUCUCUGGAAAAUAACUCCAUUUCUUUCAUCCCAAAAAAUUAUUUCCAGGGACUUCAAAAACUUGCAGCUCUAAGAAUGUCACACAACAACCUGCAAGACAUCCCGUAUGAUAUUUUUAACCUUUCCAAUCUUGUAGAGCUCAACCUUGGGCACAACAAGUUGAAGCAAGCGUUUUAUAUUCCACGAAAUCUAGAACACCUGUAUAUCGAAGACAAUGAAAUUGAAAAUGUAAAUAUUACACUUCUGUGUCCAUCUAUUGAUCCACUCCACUACCAUCAUUUAACCUAUAUCCGCCUGGAAAAAAAUAGGCUAAAAGCACCGAUAAGCACUUAUGUGUUCUUUUGCUUCCCGCACAUGCACACCAUUUAUUAUGGUGAACAAAAAAAUCUUGCUGGAGAAGCAAUACAUCUGAAGACCCAAGUGUUUCGCAGAUUCCAAGAAGGGGAAGAAGAUGACAAUGAUCACGAAGAAAGGUCUGAGCAAGAAGAAAUGGAAGAUGAUGAAUUUGGCCCUUAUUCCUAUUAAAUUUAAUCAUUGUCAAAAAAAAUACAUAGAAAGGCUCUGCUCAGUUUUAGGCUUUACAUUUCUUAUCUUACAGCUGGCUCUUAUAGAAAUUCUGGAUGAUAAACCACGAUUGAAUUCUGAAGAGUAAAAAGUAUAGAAUCAGUUUACUAUUGACUGUUUAACCAAAUUAUUACUUUAUUUUAGAAAAAAGCUUCUUUUAAAAUUCUCAUUAACAUGGCUAUGUCAUACUUUCAUUCAAUUUGCCCCGAUAUCUUCCAGCCAAUUUAUUACAUUCUAGGAGACGUACACAAAGGUGCUUAAUAAAUCCAAUUACCACCACAAAAGGUUUAAAUAAAUCACUUCCAAACUUGAUUUCUUCAUUACAACUCCUCAACUUGCCGAUGGAUAUAACUUAAUCUGUUAUUUUGCUCUUUGUCUUCAAAGCUUCUUGUAGACCAAGGUCAUCUGAAAACCUCGUUGUUCUAAAACCACAGAUAUACAAAUCAAAGCAGCUAAUGAAUACCACACUGAAAAAAUGUUACAUUAAAUUUGGUUGGAUAGAAGUAAUGACUUUUCUCUAAAUAUAUUCAAUCUAAACUUUAAAUGAAAUAAUUGAAUAUUUGAGUGGCAGACCCCCAUAUCUACUUCCAUGAGGUAAAAAAAAAACAACCCUCAAAAAACCAAACCUUUGAUCAAAAAAUCAAAUUAUUUUGAAAUAAGUGAAAUAUUUUUCUCUCAUUUGGUACUAAAAUGCCCCAAUGGGAACAUCUCAUUUUCAUAGCAGUAAAACAGCAAAGAAUUUACAUUUUCAUCCCAAAAUGAACAAUUUAACUGAUCACUGAAUUGUCUCUGAAGGACAAUAAUUGGUAUUAGCAAUUGCUUUGAGUUAUCAACAUGUACCUGAUGGUCGCCUGUUUAGCAGUAAUGGUGCUUAUUAAGCGCAUACUAUGUGCACAACACUGAACUAAACACUGAGAAGAAUUUAGACACAGUCCCUGUUCCUAGGGGGCGCUCACAAUCUAAGAGGUAUUUUACAGAGAAUUAUUUGUAUACAUUUUGAUAAUGGGGACUCUCUGGAGAAUGAUCAAAUUCAUUCAUUCAUUCAAUAAUAUUUAUUGAGCGCUUACUAUGUGCAGAGCACUGGACUAAGCUCAAAUUGUACAAAGGGAUUGACUCUUCCACUGGUUGCUUCUGCAGGGCUACGCACGCUCUUUUAUCCCCCUGCCAACCACGCUUCUGUAGGGACAGGGAGUGCAACCAGCGAAUAAGCAGCCCGGGGUGCAACGCAUCUUCCUCCCUUUCUUUUUCCGUGUGCCAAGAUCCAUCCGUACUCUAAGUGACAGCGCAUUCAUUCAGCAGGUCUUUACUUCGGUGGUUAGUAGGGACUGGGCUGUUUCUUCAGGCCCCCGGUUAGGUCCGUCCACUUUGGGGGACACUGGAGGAGGUUCUUGGGUGGAAGCCCGAUAUUCCUGAUGGCACAGCCCCAGCAGACAUCCCCCUACUUGAGGACCCUGGACUAAAACUGAUGUGUCACAAUUCCCGGGGCUACGCUCUUUCCGCUGGAAACAACAUCGAACCUACAUGUUACAAACUACAGAGAUCUCUGUCACAUUGCUAAAAAUUCCACUUGAGCAGUCCAUUACAUUAGAAUGCACUCACCAAAUAUUAAAUUAAAACAAAGUACAAAACAACUUGAAGCUUUUAUUUGUUCUGCACAUUCUAUGUUUUAAUCAUCAGUGUUUUAGAUCUUUGCAUUGCUGUAGUAGAACUUUAAAUACUUGCCAGAAGCCAUAACUUUUUGCAAGCCUAAAUAUUAUGAAUAAAGUCUGUGCCAGAUCUUUUUGUCUCACUCACGUCUAUAUAUUAAAGAGCGACAUUUAUCUUCUAUUUAUCAUGUAUUCAGUGCUCUAAUCAUCCUUCGUAAUAAAUAUUACUU